UCUUUUUGAUACCACACAACAUGGCGGACGCAGCACCAGCCAGUGGAGGAGGAUUCCGUGGAGGUUUUGGAGGCCGUGGACGUGGCGGCAGAGGACGAGGCCGCGGAAGAGGUAGAGGACGCGGCAGGGGUCGUGGGAAAGACGACGAAAAGACCUGGACCCCGGUCACAAAACUGGGUCGUUUGGUCAAAGAUGGAAAGAUCAAAUCUCUUGAGGAAAUCUAUCUUUUCUCACUCCCAAUCAAGGAGUUUGAGAUCAUUGAUUAUUUCCUUGGUAGCGCAUUGAAGGAUGAAGUUCUAAAAAUCAUGCCUGUUCAGAAACAAACCAGGGCUGGACAGAGAACAAGAUUCAAGGCAUUUGUGGCAGUUGGUGACUUCCAAGGUCAUGUCGGUCUAGGAGUGAAAUGUUCCAAAGAAGUUGCUACGGCGAUUCGGGGAGCUAUCAUCUUAGCUAAAUUGUCUAUCAUCCCGAUCAGGCGGGGUUAUUGGGGAAACAAAAUUGGAAAACCCCAUACAGUACCAUGCAAGGUUCAUGGUAAGUGCGGUAGUGUCCAUGUGAGACUCAUUCCUGCACCUCGUGGUACUGGCAUUGUCUCUGCACCUGUUCCAAAGAAACUGCUGCAGAUGGCAGGGCUAGAGGACUGUUACACAUCUGCCCGUGGACAGACUGCCACACUUGGAAAUUUUGCGAAAGCCACGUUCAACGCAAUUUCAAAAACCUACAGCUAUCUUACCCCUGAUCUCUGGAAAGAUCAACCUCUGGGAAAGACUCCGUAUCAGGAAUAUACAGAUCAUUUGUCGAAACAUCACAUGCAGAGCGGAGUUCAACGCCAGGAAGUCAAGCAAUAUUAAAAACAUUGCUACAUGCUGUCAAGCUCGCUUGCAGCAGCUGAGCGCAUUUCGCUAAAUUAAUUAGCCAAAUGGGCUCACCAAAUGCUAAAAAAAAUAAAAAAAACAGUUGGCUAGUCGCUUUUUCGUACCAUUAUCGCUAAUUUACUUUUCUUUCAGUUCAACUGAGGUGACAUCUAAAUGUUUGAUGGAACUUGCUCUUAAUCAUUUUAGUCCAUGUUUUGACAUGGACAGUCGGAUCUCUGUUAGUGGUGAAAUGUUUUACUAUCUUGUUCCUUUUAUCUAUCACUUUAAUUGUGUUCUGUCUGUUAGUAUGUUCCAUCGUGCCACCAUUUGUAUGAUUUGGUAUUUUAUCGAUUGCUUUGCGACAAUGAAAUCAGCCAUCUGAA